GAAAAAUUUGCAACAUUCCUCCCAUUUUCAUUCCCAUUGACGGUGCUUGACAAAAUUGAACAAAAGGUUGAUUUUUCUGUAAAAUCGCGCCGCGCAUAAAAACAUUGCGCCGACGCCUUGACGGCAAGGAAGUUGUACCAACCCUUCCCUCUUUACAACCUCCAUCCAUCCAUCCAUCCAUCCAUCCGUCUAUCGCAUACACUCCUUUCUAUUUCUAUUCAAUUAUUAUCAUCAACGCAAAAAGAAGAUGGCUUAUCGUGUUGAGUAUGCACGUAGUGGAAGAUCUGCUUGUAAAGGUCCAAUCCCAUGCAAAGGUACAAAGAUUGAAAAAAAUGGUUUACGUUUAGGUACGGUGAUUGAAAUUCGCGGAGAUCGUAGUUUGGUUUGGCGUCAUUGGGGUUGUGUGACAGAUAGAAUUAUUUCAAAUUUACGCGAUAAUAUUGGCGAUCCCGAAGAUUUGGACGGGAUUGGAGAUCUCAAUGAAGAAGACAAACAAAGAAUCUCGGAUGCUUUUGCAAACGGGCACGUUGCUGAAGAAGAUGUCACGCCAGCUUUGAUUGAAGCAGGUAAAGGACCAGGCGGUACACCUUCAUCCUCACCUCAGAAGAAAGCUCGCGGAAAGAAGAACUCCAAGAAAGAGGAAUUUGACGAGGAAGAAGAAGAGGUCGAGUGGAAAGCUGAAGAAUCCGAAGAAGACGUCAAGCCAAAGAAGAAGAACGGCCGAGCAAAUGCUAAAGUCAAGAAAGAGGAAGUGGAAGCAGACGAGCCCGAAGAAGAGGUCAUGCCAAAGAAGAGUCGUAGAGCAAAUGCGAAGGUCAAGAAUGAGGAAGUGGAAGCAGAAGAACCCGAAGAGGAGGUCAAGCCAACAAGAAAGAAUGGCAGAGCAAAUGGUAGAGUCAAGAACGAGGAAGAGGAGCCUCUCCCGGUUGCUGCACCCAAACGUGGCCGCUCCAAAGCUGUCAAAGAAGAAGAGAAUGACAACCAUGUGGAACAGGCACCAAGAAAGCGAGGACGUGCUGCCAAGGCCGAAAUUCCUGAUGCUGACGCUGCUACAGUUCCUGUCAAAGAAGAGGAGAACAUUGAGGUUGACGAGAAACCAAGAAAGAAGCGCGGUCGCCCUGCAGCAAGUAACGGUGUCGAGUCUGUCACAGACGGAGCAAGCGAAUCUGCUCCUUCUUCGAAGGCCUCAAAGGUCUCAAAAGCAUCUGCUGCUUCCUCAAAGGCCUCAAGGGUCUCAAAGACAAAUGGUCAAACGCCAGACGAGCCAAUGAAUGCACUCGAAAAGAAGCGACGAGGACGUCCGGCAAGAGGUGCGGCCAAAAUGGAAGAAGAAGCCAGUCCAGCAGUGGAAGAGGCCAGUCCAGAAUUGGAAGAAGGCACUCCAACAGAGGACGUUCCACCUGCCAAAGAGCAAAAUGGCCGAAAGCGCGGUCGUAAAGCGAAAUCAAAUGGCAUUCAUUGAGUGUCACACAGAAUUUAUUUUCCAGCAUUUAUCCACGACUGGCUUCGUGAGAUAGCUUUUUUUUCUCGUUUCUCUUUUUCGAAUUGAACCGGUCUUUCUCAUCUCAGAGUUUUCCUUAUCAUCAAUGUAAAUUAUCUCAAGAACAUACCUCAAGAAUACCCUUUCAGAAUUCAAUCAAGUUUCUUCUCACGCGCGAAAGUUUCAUCAUUCACAUACGAAAUCAUGUCGUAUUGGG